GAGAUCUUCUCUCUUAAUACAUGUUCUUGCGAUUUCAUCAAAAACCCAUUUCAAAACUAAUGGAAAACAUCAAUUCAUCAAUUGGAAAAGAAGAAGAUCUGAUGGAUUUGCCGGCGGGAUUCCGAUUCUAUCCAUCUGAUGAAGAACUAAUCACACACUACUUAUCAAAGAAAGUUCUUGACAGCAAUUACUCAGCCAUUGCAAUCGGAGAAGUCGAUCUUAACAAAGUUGAACCAUGGGAUUUACCAAGUCAAGCUAAAAUGGGUGAAAAAGAAUGGUACUUUUUCUGUCUAAGGGAUAAGAAGUAUCCAACUGGAUUAAGAACAAACAGAGCUACUUCAAAAGGAUAUUGGAAAGCUACCGGAAAAGACAGAGAGAUUUUCCGGGGGAAAUUUCCGGUAGGGAUGAAGAAAACCCUAGUUUUUUACUUGGGUAGAGCUCCUAAAGGAGAGAAAACUAAUUGGAUUAUGCAUGAAUAUCGUCUGGAAGGAAGUUAUUAUCUUCAAAAUCUCCCAAGAACUGCUAGGAAUGAAUGGGUAAUUUGCAGGAUUUUUCAAAAAAACUCCGGCGAGAAGAAAGUCUUUGUCUCCGGUUUAACGCCGGUGGCGAUGAAUUCAAUUCUACCGCCGUUGACGGAAUCAUCAUCGUCUCCAUAUGGAUACGAAUCCACUACCCAUGACGUGUCCUGCUUCUCCACCAUGAAUCAAAUAGAAAUCAAAGAUUAUUCAAUCAAUCAUCUUUCUCCAUUUUACAACUCGAUGAAUCCGAUCCUAGAUAGUCAGAAUCAAUACCCAGAUCCUAAUUUCAUACAAGAUCAACCCUUUUUGAUGAAUUUGGCGGAUAGGUAUGAUGAUCCGAUGAUGAAUAUUAAAACAGAGAUGUUGAAUUGGGAAACUGGUCGGCCGGCGGGAUUAGGCGGUGGAGAAAUGGGUUCCGGCGGUCUAUGGGAUUUUUAAGAGUUGGAUUGAAGAAAAAGUCAAAAAGAUUGGUUAAUCUAUUUAUAUUUUAUUAUUUUUGUUUGUAAUUAUUUGUUUAUAAGCAAAUUGGUAUAGUGGUGAAGAAGUUGGGAUAGUUUUAUAAAUUUUAUUAAAAAUAUAUAAUGUAUUAGGUUAAUUUAGUGUAGUGAAGGUGGGGGAUUGUAAAGGGUGCAAAUUAUAUAAGUCUUGGAAAGUUCUAACACUUUUUAUAUUAUGGUUGGUUUAUUAAUAAAAUUUUGAGAUUUAGAUUAGUAA